AAAAAGUAAAAAGUAACAUGGCCGUUGCAACGGCGUCAUAAAUACUUUUCUGACAUUGUUUAUAUUUGUUCAACGAAAUCAAGCUAAAUUUAAUCAUAAAAUUGUUAUCUUGUGCUUGUUCCGAGUAUAAUGUAAUCGCAGUAUUAACAUUCUUGGCUUACCACGUUUGAUGAUGUAUUGAAAUUGCCACACGAUAGAAUGUCAAACAACACUGUCGGCUCGUCGGGGCCUGCUCCCGGCAAAAUACGUGGUCCUGGAAGGCCACCAAAGCGUACGUGUACAUGGUGUGCAGAAAGCAAAACCCCACUGAAAUAUGUUCUGCCCACUGAAAACGGCAAAAAAGAAUUUUGCUCUGAAACUUGCCUGUCUGAAUUUAGACAAGCGUACAGCAAAGGCGCCUGUCUUCAUUGCGACAAUGUUAUUCGCGGUAAUGCUCCUUCAAGCAGCAAGAAUUUUUGUUCUACAUAUUGUUUGAAUAAAUAUCAAAAGAAAAAUGAAAAAAGGACGACCUCACCUCAAUCAGGUAACGGCGCAAAUGGGUCCGAAAAUCAUGCCAAUAAUAAUUCUACGGGAUCAUUUUACGACAUUUAUCUAGAUUUUGAUUGGAAUGAAUAUAUGAAAGAAACUAAUAGUGUUGCAGCACCUCAGGAAUGUUUUAAACAGGCAGCAAUUCCUCCAGUGAAUGAUUUUAAAGUAAAUAUGAAGCUGGAGGCACUGGACCCACGUAACCUGACUUCUACAUGUAUUGCGACUGUGGUUGGAGUGCUAGGUCCACGUUUGCGACUGAGGCUCGAUGGUAGUGAUAAUAAAAAUGACUUUUGGAGAUUGGUUGACGCAGGAGAUAUUCAUCCAAUUGGACACUGUGAAAAAAAUGAUGGAAUGCUGCAGCCUCCCCUUGGUUUUCGAAUGAAUGCAAGUAGCUGGCCGAUGUUUUUGCUGAAGACAUUGAAUGGUGCUGAAAUGGCCCCUGCAAAAGUGUUUCAACCAGAGCCCCCUACUCCUAAAACAAAUAUGUUUGUAGUCGGUCAGAAGUUGGAAGCAGUAGACAAAAAGAAUCCACAGUUAAUAUGUUGUGCUACUGUUGGGGCUGUUAGAAAUGACCAGAUCCAUGUGACUUUUGAUGGUUGGAGAGGUGCAUUUGAUUACUGGUGCAAGUACGACUCCAGGGACAUAUUCCCAGUCGGCUGGUGUGCAAGAGCUGGGCACCUCUUGCAAGCUCCUGGCCAGAAGAGUGCAACUGCACCAUCUAGAUUUAAGCUACGACCUAGUGGUAUUCCGAACCCAGCAUUGCCUGAAGGUGGGUCUACUGGAGCUAGUAAUUCGAGUAGCCCUGGGACGUCGUCUUUGGCAACAGUGGUGCGUUUACGCAUUCGUAGUAGCUGCUCUGGCGGAAGCAGUUUAUUACCGACUGCAGUAUCCGGAACAGGGCCCUCUGGGGCAGCAGAGGCACUUGUGAAAGAACUACUGAGUGUCCAUCCAGACCCACAAAGAUUGACCCGAGCAAUACUCACAGCUUCCAGUAGCUAUUCUAAUAUAAAUAAUGUGCAGGUCACCACUGGUUCAAAAAAUUAUUCAGUUAAAGUGCCAUCAGAGUUAACAAUGGACGAAUUAAAGAAUUGGUUAAAGGCUGUAUGUGCAGGCGUCGGGUGCUGUGUGGGCAUGAUAGAGCUGGACACUGGAGAUGCCGCUGGUCGGCCAUGUGCGCUCUGUGGGGAGUCCACUUCAAAUAAUGUCACUUCUGCUCUAAAAAGACCUCAAAGUGAGGAAAAGGAGGAGGGUGUGAACGGCACGAGUUCGGGCGCGGGUGGCAAGCUAGCGCGCGUGUCGCCGGAGCGGCCCGAGGUGGCGUCGUCCACCACGGGCGCGCCGCCGCCGCCCGCGCCCGGCGCGCCGCCCGCCGACUGGUCCGUGGAAGACGUCAUCGGGUUCAUCGCCGCCGCCGACCAGGCGCUGGCAGCACACGCCGACCUCUUUAGAAAACAUGAAAUCGACGGGAAGGCGCUCAUGCUGCUGAACUCAGACAUGAUGAUGAAAUACAUGGGCUUGAAACUAGGCCCAGCUCUAAAAAUUUGUAAUUUAGUUUCGAAAAUUAAAAAUCGUCGACAUUAUAGCACUUAAGUAGUUAUACAAUAAUUCAAACACUCUUAGAGUCAGAAACUAUAAGUUUCAUAUUUUUAAGGUAAGUGUAUUUUAUUGCAUUUUAAUGAUAAAUUAAUUAUUUCCGUUUUUUCAGAAUCUAAAUGUUGAUCUGAAGUGGUUUUCAUAAGAAUAUUAUUACAUUCAAUCAAUAUAAUAGUAGUAGUCUUACGUGUUUUGUCUAAUUGCACCUUCAAUACAUUAGCAAAAUUUGUGAGUUAUUCCAUUUGCUCAACUCUGAUCAUAUAUUUAAACUGUAUGGAUCUCCUGUUUUCACUGUUAUUUUACCUUGAUUAAUAUUAGUAACUAAGCGUAUCCUUACUCUGGACUUGCUUAUUAUUAAUGAUUCGUUAUUUCUGUAAAUUAUAUAAACGUCGAAAUAAUCAUGUAGUGAUGUAAAUAAGUGUAUAAUGAGUUAAAUUGCAUUUAAUGUAGUAAGUGCUCAUCUUAAAGCCUUGAUCACACGUACCGAGCAAACGGGCGAGACAGUGCUCUCGGCCGAGUACUCUGUGUGUAUAAACAUUACGCCGAGUGCUCGGCCGAGCGCUCGAGUAUGUGACUCGCUCACCCAACUGUCUCGACCGAGUAAACAUUUUACUGUCUCUCCCGUUUACUCGGUAUGUGUGAUCAAGGCUUAAGCCUUGUUCGCACUAGUCGAGUAAUUUAGGCGAGUUGUGAGUAAUUUAGUUGCUAAUCGUAUCCGAACACCAAAAAUUUAGUCGAGUAGGUUACUAAAUCGUAUAGUCGAGCCAAUCCAUUUUGUUCUAUUUUGACAGGCGAGCAGCGCCCCCACCACGCGUUGUUGCUCACUCGCUCAUGGACUAAACGAGUCCCAAACUGGGCGGUUUAGUCGACUUCAUAUAAAAAUCAAUUAUUUGUAAACUUUACUCGACCAGUCACUCGACCAACUGUACCGACUGAACGGUUUUUUGGUCAGUGGCGAGUAGUUAAGUUACUAGAGGCGAGUUAUGCCCGUUUUCACCAUUAUUCCCUAAUUUUUAAGUGACCCCUAUGAAAACAAAAUUCCUGUCAUUUGUUUAUAGGGGUCACUUCAAAAUUCGGGAUUGAUGGUGAAAACGGGCAUAACUACUAAAUUACUCGACUAGUGCGAACAAGGCUUUAUUGACAGUAAACUCUUAAAAUAUUGUUAAUCUUAUCGGCUGUACUCUAAUAUACCUACAUACAAAUUUAUAAAUUGUAUAUAAUAUUAUUCAGGGUCCUAUUGUAUAGUUAACUUUCUCCUACUGAUUCUUUAACUGCUCAAAUGCAAGAAAUUUUACUAUGGCACAACAUUGAAAUCAGAAUUGGUAUGGAGGGGAAGAUUUUGAAAUUUGGAUAAGUUUUAUAGUAAAAGUUGUUGUAUUUGAAUAGUGACAUAACCUCUUGUAAGGAAGUUAACUAACAAAAUAGGAGCCCUUAUGAUUGGCUAGUCGUGCGUCUGUUGUGGCCUGAGUGGUGUCAGUACUUGAAACAUUACAGACUUCCAACAUACUGUACAGAAUACAUAAUUAUAUUCUAUCGUAGACUAGGUUUAGUGCCUUUCAAUAAUUUAGGUGUACUUAAAAGAACUUGGACGUCAUCACAGAAUAAAAAUAAAAAUAUGUGAAUGACAUUGAUUAUGCUACUCUAGUUGUAAUUUCAUGCAUAUUCAGAUUUAGGUAUAGGGCAUAAUAUAAAAGUUAAACAACCGUUUGUUUAAAUUGUCAUGACAUGUAGUGUGAAAAUGACAUUUUAAACAAAUGUUCAACGUGUGUUUAACUUUUUUGCAAUAAGGCCCAUAAUGUUGAAGAAUUAAACAGUCCAUUACUCUGACUGCCGACGCGUCCCGAGCGUGUCCAAUGUUCCUUCCGAGAGGCCUACGCCUGCGCCGCGUGUGAAUGAUUCAUUUUACAUGUAUUUUUUAUUUAAAGCUGUGUCCUAUUUAAUUUUAUUUUGCCAUUUGAAGCGUUAUAAUGUUAAAACAUUUCGUCAUGUGAUAUUUCAAUGUUAUUGUUAUCGUGAUAAAUAAUGGAUAAAUAUGUAAUGAAUAAUAAUUAAAUAUUAUGUUGGAUUAUUAAUCUUGAUGUGUAUUUUAAGUUUUCUCAUGACAUAGUGUAGGUACGGAGGUUAUACAUAAUUGCCUAUUUCGUUUGUGUAAAUAUUGAUAAUGACGUUUAAGUUUGCGUUAGUUAUUACAUUGAUACAUUUCUUUUGUAACGAAAAUAAAAAUUGCGAAAAGAAGGCAAAAAAUUAUGCAAAAUAGAGGAUUCGAUUUAUUUAAAUAUUUUUUAUUUUCAAGCAAGCUUUUGGCAGAUUGCCUAGGUAUUUUAUUCUGUAAGGCGCCUUAUUUGGCUUUUCGGAAUACUAGUAAGUAAU